GAAAGCACCUCCUCCACCCUUUCCAAAAAUGCCCCGGAAGUGCCUCCGCCCUCAGUAAAGAUGGCUGUAGUACUUUGCAUGAGGGAGGCGGGGCCGCGCCUGCGCAACAAGUUCGGCGGGGAAGAUGGCGGAUGACAAGGAUUCUCUGCCUAAGCUUAAGGACCUGGCAUUUCUCAAGAACCAGUUGGAACGCCUGCAGCAGCGUGUGGAAGACGAAGUCAACAGUGGUGUGGGCCAGGAUGGCUCGCUCUUGUCCUCCCCAUUCCUCAAGGGCUUCUUAGCCGGCUAUGUGGUGGCCAAACUGAGGGCAUCAGCAGUAUUGGGCUUUGCUGUGGGUACCUGCACUGGCAUCUACGCAGCUCAGGCAUAUGCUGUGCCUAAUGUGGAGAAGACGUUGAGGGACUAUCUUCGGUCGUUGCGCAAGGGGCCCGACUAGCUCUGGAUCCCAUGGGGGAGGAAGGAUGAGCAUCUUGGGCCUGCAGGUAGAGGCCUUUCAACCACAGACACCAUAUCUGGCUUCCCCAGCUAUCACCCUUUUGCUGUCUUCAACUUUUCCACAGUCUUCAUCCUUGCUCUCCUUCUUGCAAAAGGUGAACAGUGGCUUAUCAGCCAAUAAUCUGGACGCCCCUCCUUAACCCCAUGAGACUGGCCCCAAGACUGUGGCUUUUAGGGCCACCGGCCCCUUCCUAUUCCAGCCCUGACUGUGGAGUUUGCAGCUGACUCUGAUUUUCAGUAUUCUCUCUAGCAAUGUACCACGGCUCUUCCCUCCUGCGAGCCGGCUCC